AUGAGGAUCACGUUCUUUGCUUCUUUGCUCUUAUUUACCAAUACCAUCUUUAUAAGUUUUAGCUUUGCAAUUGCAGGGAUAAACAAAGAGAGUCCUUUGUCAAUAGGACAAACUCUCAGCUCCUCUAAUGGAGUUUAUGAAUUGGGUUUCUUCAGUUUUAAUAACUCGGAAAAUCAUUAUCUUGGAAUCUGGUUCAAGGGAAUCAUUCCCCGGGUGGUUGUGUGGGUGGCCAAUAGAGAAAAUCCUGUUACAGAUUCCACAGCAAAUCUCGCUAUCAGCAGCAACGCAAGUCUUCUGUUAUAUAAUGGAAAACAUGGCGUUGCAUGGUCCAGUGGUGAAACUCUUGCUUCUAACGGGUCUCGUGCAGAGCUUUCAGACACCGGAAAUCUUAUUGUCAUAGACAAUUUUUCGGGAAGAACUCUUUGGCAAAGCUUUGACCAUCUUGGUGAUACUAUGCUUCCUUUCUCAGCUCUGAUGUAUAACCUCGCCACUGGCGAGAAGCAGGUCUUGACUUCUUGGAAAAGUUACACUAAUCCAGCGGUUGGUGACUUUGUGCUUCAGAUUACAACGCAAGUGCCAACACAAGCUUUAACUAUGAGAGGCUCGAAGCCUUAUUGGAGAAGCGGUCCAUGGGCUAAAACAAGAAACUUCAAACUUCCACGUAUAGUGAUAACAUCGAAGGGUUCACUGGAGAUUUCUAGGCAUAGUGGGACUGAUUGGGUAUUGAACUUUGUGGCUCCAGCGCACUCAUGUGAUUAUUACGGUGUAUGUGGACCUUUUGGGAUUUGUGUCAAGUCAGUGUGUAAAUGCUUCAAAGGGUUUAUACCAAAAUAUAUUGAGGAGUGGAAAAGAGGAAAUUGGACUGAUGGUUGUGUGAGGCGUACCAAACUACAUUGUCAGGAAAACUCAACUAAAAAAGAUGCAAACUUCUUCCAUCCAGUUGCCAACAUAAAGCCUCCAGACUUUUACGAAUUUGCAAGUGCUGUGGAUGCAGAAGGAUGCUACAAAAUUUGCCUCCACAACUGUUCUUGCUUGGCCUUUUCUUAUAUUCAUGGAAUUGGGUGCUUAAUAUGGAACCAAGACUUCAUGGACACAGUGCAAUUUUCUGCAGGAGGAGAGAUUCUUUCCAUUCGUCUUGCACGUUCUGAAUUAGGUGGGAAUAAGCGCAAGAAGACCAUUACUGCUAGUAUUGUCAGCCUUUCUCUUUUUCUGAUAUUGGGUUCUACUGCGUUUGGUUUCUGGAGAUACAGAGUUAAACAUAAUGCUUCACAAGAUGCACCGAAAUAUGAUUUGGAACCACAAGAUGUCUCAGGUUCAUAUUUGUUUGAGAUGAACACCAUUCAAACUGCCACCAAUAAUUUCAGUCUCUCAAAUAAACUGGGACAAGGUGGAUUUGGUUCAGUUUACAAGGGAAAGCUGCAAGAUGGGAAAGAAAUUGCUGUAAAACGGCUUUCUAGCAGCUCAGGGCAGGGCAAAGAGGAGUUCAUGAAUGAAAUAGUACUCAUCUCAAAACUACAACACAAAAACUUAGUUCGGAUUUUAGGAUGUUGCAUUGAAGGAGAAGAGAGGCUGUUGAUUUAUGAGUUUAUGUUGAACAAAAGCCUUGAUACUUUUCUCUUCGAUUCAAGAAAAAGGCUUGAGAUUGACUGGCCAAAGAGAUUUGAUAUCAUUCAAGGUAUUGCGCGUGGAAUUCACUAUCUCCAUCGUGACUCAUGCCUCAAGGUAAUUCACCGUGAUCUGAAGGUCAGCAAUAUUCUUCUUGACGAGAAGAUGAAUCCAAAGAUAUCAGAUUUUGGAUUGGCUCGGAUGUAUCAGGGAACCGAAUAUCAGGACAAUACUCGCAGGGUCGUAGGAACUCUAGGAUAUAUGUCUCCAGAGGAUAUAUUAGAAAUCAUAAGCGGAGAGAAGAUCUCAAGAUUCAGCUAUGGCAAAGAAGAAAAAACCCUUAUUGCAUAUGCAUGGGAAUCUUGGUGUGAAACUGGAGGAGUUGAUCUUUUGGAUAAAGAUGUUGCUGAUUCAUGUCGCCCAUUAGAAGUUGAGAGAUGUAUUCAGAUUGGUCUUCUCUGUGUUCAACACCAACCUGCAGACAGACCAAACACACUUGAGUUGAUGUCUAUGCUCACGACAACAUCAGAUCUUCCAUCACCAAAACAACCCACAUUUGUAGUGCACUGGAGAGAUGACGAAUCAUCGUCUAAGGAUUUGAUCACUGUGAAUGAGAUGACAAAGUCUGUGAUCUUAGGGCGUUGA